AUGCUUUUUCAAGCUGCCCUUUUUGCCACCUUGCUAGCCACUACGGUGGCCAGCAGCGGCUCCAACUCCAAAUGUCUAUCCUCUAACACGGUCGGGGCUGCCAACUACCAACUCUGCUGUCCUGACAGCCAAGGCUCCGGAAAAGGGACCGUAGGUGAUUCGGCCUUCGAGUUCACCUGCGGUCAGUAUUUGACCGGCAAAAGUGGCGCGGGCACGCAGCACCGACAGGUGAACAGUGCCAAGGACUGCGCCCAGCUCUGUUCGAGUCCGGACUGUCCUGGAGCCUCCUGGCACAGCGCUGGGAAGAAAUGCUUCGUGCUCGGCAGCGGAAACACCGACUAUGCCCCUUACUCGCCGGCAAAGGACUGGAUGGUCCUGACCAAGUCGGCGGAGACCCCUGAGGAUCCCGAUCCGGAGGAGGAUUGUAAGGAAUUCAUCGACGCGGCCAAGGAAACGGCCGCUGCGCAAUGUGCCUCGGAGAAGGAGCAACAGAAGAAGGAGUGUGAGAGCAACAAGGCCAGCGCUCUCACCGAGGCCAAGGCCAAAUGCGAAGCCGAGAAGACCCAACUCAAAGAGCAGGCCGCUACUGCGGCAAGCGAAUGUGAGGCGGACAAGACCGCGGCACUGGAGCAGUGCACGACUGAGCAAGAGCAGAUUCGUGGGGAGGAGAAAGCCAAGUGCGAAAAUGAAAAGGCCGAACUCACCAACGGCGCCACCGCUAGCGCGGAGCAAUGCGAGGCCGACAAGGCCGCAGCGCUCGCAGGCGCCAACCAACAAUGUGCGACCGAGAAGGAGCAGCUUCGACAGGAAGGCGAAGCGCAGUGCAAGUCUGAGAAGGAGGCCGCCAGCUCUCAGUGCCAGAAAGAAAAGGAUGAAAUUCGCCAGCAGGGCGACAGCAAACUACAGCAGUGCCAGGCUGACAAGGAGGCUGCCAGCUCUCAGUGCCAGAAAGAGAAGGAUGAAAUCCGCCAGCAGGGUGAUAGCAAGCUGCAGCAGUGUCAGGCCGAUAAAGACAGCGCUCUUGCCAACGCCAAAGCUCAGUGUGCCACGGAGAAGGAUCAGCUUCAGAAGUUGGUGGAUGAUGCUCGAUCGCAAUGCAAGUCCGAGAAAGACGCCGCCGCCUCUCAAUGUGAGAAGGAGAAGGACGAGAUCCGCAAGCAGGGAGAAGACCAGCUGCAGCAGACUAAGUCCCAGUGUGACGCCGAAAAGGCAGGCCUCCAGCAGAAGAUCAAGGAGUUGGAGGAAAAGGCCUCGUCGGUGGGGAGUGGCACGGGUGGUGGUCAGUGGCUGUCGGUCGAUGAGAAGUGUCGCAGCAACAGCUGGAUGAGUCUCUGCGAUGGCACCUGUUCUCAACGCCAGUUUACCCUUGGGGGUGUGGAUUUCCAGGUCAAAUGUAACGUCCGCACCAACGGGGCAGUUGAAGAGAUUUGGUGGUAUCGCCAAUCGGUUCUGGAAUGUGCCGAAGAAUGUGCCUUGAAUUCACGUUGCUUGGGAGUGGGAUGGAGGAGCUUCGGCGGUGAGCCUGAGAAGGGAGUCUGCCAUGCUAUGAUCAAAUGGGAUCAUAUCUACCAGCUCGUCAAUACUGCCUACCCUUACGCCGGUGGUGAGCAUCUUAUCUACGCCAAGGGUCGCAUCACUCCGACCGGAGCCCCUGGCACCUGA